AUGGUCGGGUACGCCCCCUUGGAUGCGAGCAUAUUUGGGUUUAUGGGUCUUUUCCAGCGCAAGAAGAACAUCGCAGCCUCUUUCACGCAAAUCAUCAACACAGCUCUGUCACACCAUGCCGGCAUUGCUGCGCAGAUUCUGCAGGCAUACGACAUUAAUGACACCACAAACGACGAUGAGGCUUUCAUCCGAGUUCUGCAAUUCGCCUCUGAUAUUGGAUUUCGGGCGACGGCAGAGUCAUUUGCCAACAGCUUUCACGGCGACUCCUAUUUGUUGGAGUUUGCCGAGCCCAAUCCGUGGGAAGGGCCAUUUAGGGGCUACAGCACCCAUGUCCUCGACGUGGCAUUCCUCUUCCAAAACUAUAACGAACAUCUCGGAGAGGAGCAGCGAAAGUCCGCCGAAUCAUUUGUCACGGACGUAGUUGACUUUGUUCAUGGUCAAGCUCCAUGGAAGCGGUUUCAAGAUGCCGGCGGGCGGGUGGUGUACCAAGAUGGGACGAGAGCUUACAAGGAGACCGGGGCCAGCACGGCACGAUAUGAUUUGCUCCUCGAAUUGGGUGGAAAGAUUGGGCUGGACACCCUCCUAAAGGGUUGGGAGGCAUUCCUGUUCCAUCAAUAG